UCAGCACCUAUACACGCAACUGCUUUGAACGUAUUUUAUCGACUAUAAUACUUAAAAUGGAACGCCAAGAUGCCGGCGCCGGCGCUACCAAGACGGCUGCCGUGACCGCCUGCAUCGGUAUGGCUGUGUUCUACGUUACAAUUCUCUAUUCCCCAACUCUGAUUCUUCGAUUGCCCCCGCCUAAUUCCUCUAAUUCCUUCCUCAAACGACGUUUCAUAUGCGCUGCCGUGUCUUCAAUCGUCUCAAUCAUCGUUUCCAUCCUCAUUCUCCCCAUAACAAGAUGGGAUGCAUCAAGUCUGCUUGGUGUUUAUGGCAUCAGAAUGGAUACCAUUUGGCAAGCUCUGCUCUGCCCGCUUUUGCUGACUGCCUUCAUGUACUCUGGUUCCUUUGCCUUGAAGUUUUUAUCUAUGCUUCAAACUAGCAGAGAAUAUUUUGAGAGUGGUGGAGAUCUUUCAGUUGCAUGUAUUAAGAGCAUUUUCUUGAGGAUGAUUGAUUGGGUAGUUUCAACAGCUUCCUGCAUGUCAUCAUGGCGUAACUAUUUUGUGGCUCCACUUACAGAAGAGUUGGUAUUCAGAGCUUGUAUGAUCCCUUUGCUUCUGUGUGGAGGAUUCAGUACUUACACUGUUAUAUUUUUCUGUCCAGUAUUUUUCAGUUUAGCUCAUCUGAACCACUUAUUGGAGUUUUAUUUCCAAAGGAACUACAGCUUGCUCAAAGCCUGUCAAGUUGUAGGUUUCCAGUUGGUAUACACUGUCAUUUUUGGGGCAUAUGCGUCAUUUCUUCUCAUUCGUACCGGGCAUUUAACUGCUCCAUUAGUUGCUCAUAUGUUUUGCAACUUCAUGGGCUUACCUGUGAUACUUUCUGGGAGAUCUGGAAUGGUGAGUCUGGUAUUUGUACUCGGGGUGGUGAGUUUCAGCAAGAUGCUUUUCCCUUUGACGAACCCGCAUUUGUACAACGACGAAGCACGCAGUUGCAGCUGCUGGCAUAGAUACUGCAGUUGGAGCUAACCCAGUUUUGCAACAAGCUGCAGUUGGUGUUGUUCCAAAGAUUAUCCAAGUUUGGUUGUAAUCUACUCAUUUAUUAAUAUGAAUGGUGUAUUUAUAUUUCUGAAUGUAAUACUAGUAUUAAAUUGAUACUCCUACACUGAGAGAUUUUUUGAGGAUAUUUUGAGUAAAUUAAUGAGAAAUUUAGUCAAGAAGAAA